AUGGGCAAGGUCAAGCAAGCAAACGGCAAGGCCGCAAAGGCCGCCGACCCCCUCACUGCCGUCAAGAAGGCUGGCAUCACCAAGGCCGCUGAUAGCCCAAAGGCCAAGUCCAAGAAGAUCGCUAAGGAAGUCGCUGUCAAGGCUACCAACGGCAAGGCCAAGGACCUCAAGAAGAAGAAGAAGGUCGAGUCCUCUUCCGAGUCUGAGUCUGAGUCCGAGUCCGACGCCAGCAGCGACGACUCUGAGGAAGAGUCUGACGCUGCACCUAACGCUGCUGAUUCUGGCUCUGACUCCGAAUCUGGUUCUGAUUCAUCCGACUCAUCUGACUCUGAGGAAGAGAAGAAGGUUGAUCCCAAGAAGACUAAAGCCGCCGCCAAGCCUGUGACCAACGGUAAGGCCAAGAAGAAGGCCGAGCCUGAGUCUGAGUCCGAAUCCUCUGACUCCUCCGACUCUUCUGAAUCUGAGGAGGAAGAGAAAGCUGAUGCUAAGAAGACCAAGGGUGGUGCCAAGGUAGAAGCUGAAUCAUCUGACUCGAGCGACUCGGAUGAAGACGAAGAGGACUCUGACGACUCCGACGAUUCAGAAGACGACUCUGAAGAGACCGAGGAAAAGGUAGAAGCACCCAAGAAGCGCAAGGCUGAGGACGAAAUGUCUACACCAUUCAAGAAGACCAAGACCGAGGAGUCAUCAUCAGACGAGUAUACCACUCUGUUCGCCGGCAACCUAGGCUGGGGCGUCACUGAUGACAUCCUAUACGAGACAUUCAAAGACUGCGAGGGCUUGUCUGGCGCCAGAGUCGUCACCGAUAAGGCCAUGCAACGCUCCCGUGGUUUUGGAUACGUCGACUUCGAGUCUCACGAAGCUGCCAAGGCUGCCUUCGAGAAGAUGCAAGGCUUCGAACUGGAGGGUCGCGCACUCAACCUUGACCCCUCAAAACCUCGCCCUGCCGGUGAGGACACCCCGAACGCCCGCGCAAAUGACCGUGCCAAGCAGUUUGGCGACUCUGUCAGCCCUGAGAGCGACACCCUCUUUGUGGGCAACCUGCCUUUCGAGGUUGACGAGGAGACUGUUGGUGCCUUCUUCGGGGACACCUGCGAAGUGAAGAGCAUCCGUCUUCCCAAGGAUCCUGACUCUGGUAACCCCAAGGGCUUCGGCUACGUAACCUUCCACUCUAUUGACGAUGCCAAGACUGUCUUCAACGCUAAGAAUGGUGCUUACAUCGGCGAAGGUCGUGGAUCCCGCGCUGUCCGCUUGGACUUUGCUGGUCAGCGACCUCCUCGUGAGGGUGGUGGUUUCGGUGGCGGCCGUGGUGGUGGUCGCGGAGGCUUCGGUGGCCGAGGUGGUGGCCGUGGCGGCUUUGGAGGUCGUGGAGGUGGCCGAGGUGGUGGUCGGGGUGGCUUUGGCGGAGGUCGCGGUGGAAAGUCUUUUGAGGGCAAGAAGAUCACCUUCUAAGGUGGACACAGCCGCACAUGUUACGUUCUGAGGGCUCUUCAAACACACUGGUUGGCUUUGUGGGUUGUCGGCUUUACAAAAACUAUUUCCUCCAAUGGGGGUUGUGGGCUUUGAGGGCUAAGCUUCGAUAUGAAGCUGUGAUUUACCUGUGGGCUUGAUCUGGGGGAAACUCCUAUGUGGGUUCUGAGGGCUGAGGGCAUGAUGAAAGUGUGAAUGUCUGGGAUUCAUUCCGCACUUUGACUUGUUGCUAGCACGCAACUGAUUGUAUCUGUUAUGAUCGGCUUUUCCUCUGUGGGCACCGAGGGCUUCUAGUGAGCGAGGGUGGUAGGAAACUUCUUGUGUUCUCCCUGUGGGCAUCUUGAUGUGGACCACACUUCCACAACUAUGAGGGCUUAUGACGGCGUUUCGAGGGCUUUACUGUGGUUUUCAUCUGUUCGCGGAUUCGUGAACACCCAAAAGUACAUGCGUUGGUCUGUCUCUAUGUGCCCUUCGUACCAUUCGCUUGGUAUACCGGUAUCUGGGAGCUGGACAUUUGAUAUCUGUCGCCGGUGAGUAUACCC